AUGUCCCAUCGAUCCCUCUCAGCCACCGCCACCUUCCAAUCCACCUCAUUUUCCCCAUCGCUCCAAUCAGGAUACUCCCCUGCCUUCCCGAUCCACCCAUCGAUCCACCACCCACCAUACCUCUCGGCCCGAACCCCGGGCACAGGCAUCCAACGUCGCCUCCAGCCACAUGCCCACAUCAAGCCGCUUACCCAGAGCAAGCAGCAGCCCCGCCGUCCUCAGGCGAGGACCUCCCGUCGCUGGCGACCACCUGUAGAAGGACCAAGCGCCCCUGCCUCUUCCUUCCUCGUCCUUCUCUCCUCCCUCUCUCACCUGCUCUCUCUGUCGUGCAACAGGGAGCCCAGAGGAGUUUUGCGCCGGCCAUCCUCGUCCUCCGCGCCUACAUCAGCUCGAGGGCAGGAUCCCCUCGAUCCCGUGCUCUUCGUUGACCGCAGCUCCGGAUCAGAUCGACCUCACCCUUCCUGUACCUCCACCGCCCGGAUUCGCGCCGAUCCGCGCCUCCCUCCGUCCCCUGCAUCGCCUCGUCGCCGGAGUAGGAGCUCCGUUUGCCAAGCGCCGCGCCCCUGCUUCGUCUCGCUGCGAGAGGAGCAGCGAGUCAGCGCCCAGCCGCCCCAGAGCGAGGACAUCGACAAGUCCCGCGCUCAUGUUGACCGCGUCGCCAGCGCCUGGGCCACCGCGUCGCCGUUUUCCCCGCACGGCCCAGCUUCGUCUCUGCCAGACUCUUCUCCAGCCGGCCCAAGGUCCUAUAUAACGUCACGUUUGUGAGGAUCCGUUCGACUUCGUCCGUGUGUCUUCUUCAUG